UUCAUUAUUUUGCUAUAUUAUUAGUAUUAUAUUAAUAUAUAAUAUCAGAAAAUGGAGAAGGAUGUUGGAAGUAAAGUAAUUUGAAAAAAAAAAUGAAAAAUGAAAGGAAUAUGAAUAUUCCGUUGAAGACUUGCUCCUGAAAUCGUUUGGACCGAAACGCGUACAAUUAUUCCCUUCAAUUUCUCUGCAAUCUCUUCACCGUCUCCUCUUUCUCCUCCUCCAAAAUCGAUCGUUCGUCGUCGUCGUCUGAUUUUCUCUACGAUUUCUUUUUUCUGUCUAGCUCGGUAAACUAUUUUUUUUUAUUUUUUUUGGGUAUCGGAGCCAUGGGUCAAGCUUUUCGUAAGCUAUUCGAUACUUUCUUCGGCAAUCAAGAAAUGAGGGUCGUUAUGCUGGGGCUAGAUGCUGCUGGCAAAACAACUAUUCUCUACAAGCUUCAUAUUGGAGAAGUUUUGUCUACUGUUCCCACCAUUGGAUUCAAUGUUGAGAAAGUUCAGUACAAGAAUGUGAUGUUCACAGUUUGGGAUGUUGGUGGCCAAGAGAAACUGAGACCUCUUUGGAGGCACUACUUCAAUAAUACUGACGGACUUAUAUAUGUGGUGGAUUCCUUAGAUCGAGAGAGGAUCGGGAAAGCAAAACAAGAAUUUCAGGAGAUCAUAAAAGACCCAUUCAUGCUAAACAGUAUCAUUCUGGUGUUUGCAAACAAACAGGACAUGAGAGGAGCCAUGUCACCUAGAGAAGUAUGUGAAGGGUUAGGCUUAUUUGAUCUCAAGAAUAGGAAAUGGCACAUACAAGGUACCUGUGCUCUUCGUGGAGAUGGGCUUUAUGAAGGCUUGGACUGGUUAUCAUCUACUCUUAAAGAUGUUAAAGCCGCUGGAUUCACAUCGGUUGGCCCCUCGUUUUAACUCUCCCAGGUAUACUUUGAUAUCCAUGGCCAAUGUCUUCUUCUUGGCUUUAGAAAAGGUAACCACGAAGUCAGAAUCUCUGAAGACUUUUUUGUUAAAGAAAGAAUGAUCUUUCUCAUGGUGGCAAUAUUAGACUCAAUUAGACUACUUUUGAAUUUUGAUCAUGCUGCCAUGAAAGCUUCAUUGUAUAUUCUGCUGAUGAAAAUUUGUAUCAUCUGAAAAACCUUCUCUAUGCGGUCAUCUUUGUCCGAUUGAGACUUUGGUAGAUGUAUAUUCAUUCCUUUGAAAUCAUGAUAUAUUUUUUGAUAACAAAUAUAUGUUUUCCCUUCUCUA